GUCGUAAUUUUGUGUUUUUGUAUGUUUCCUUCCGGCAUUGGUAGAUUCCCUCUGAACAGAGUUUGAUGACAUAGAAUGGCCAAGGCCCUAUAUCAAUAUUCUCGGAAUAGUCCUCAAUCAAUCUGUAUUGAAUCAGCUUUUGUGGAAUAAGGUCUAUAGGUAUUAUUUUAUAAUUUUCCAGUACACUGUGUGGAUAUCGGACAUGGCGAGCUCUGAGUUUGGACAGGCCUUUGAGGGCCUGAAGAGCUCAGAAUUUUACGAGCCGCCUCCCACGGGUCCACCGGCGGGGACCGCGGGGUCCGGUACUGGGAGCGGUACUGGUACCGGUACCGCCCGCUCGAUCGGCUCCGGGUACAGCAUCCUGGUGAACCACCGGCAGCGCGGCAACCCCGUGCUGAAGGCCAUCUGCAGCGUGCCCUGGGAGUUCAGCGACAUCCAGCCCGACUAUGUGCUCGGCGCCAAGACGUGCGCCCUCUUCCUGAGCCUGCGUUACCACCAGCUGAACCCCGGAUACGCGGCUGAGCGCGUCCAGGCACUGGGCUCGGCGUUCGAGCUGCGCGUCCUGCUCGUACAGGUGGACGUCCGAGAGCCGCACCACGCGCUCAAGGAGCUCACCCGGCUGUGUCUGCGCUGUGACAUGACACUAAUGCUCGCCUGGAGCGCCGACGAGGCCGGCCGCAUCCUGGACACCUACAAGGCGUACGAGCACAAGUCUGCCGAGCUGAUCCGCGAGCCGCAGUCGGGCGGAGCGCUGGCGCAGGUCACUGACGCGCUCACCUCAGUGCGUUCGGUGAACCGCAGUGACGCCGCCGCGCUGCUCAACGCCUUUGGCUCGCUGGCGCACGUGAUACGGGCCACAGAGGAGGAGCUGGCUCUCUGUCCGGGUAUUGGACCCAGCAAGGCCAAACGGCUCUACGAGGUGCUUCACAUGCCCGUCAGACGGACCGGCAGUCCCACAAAACGAAAGUGAGCCAAAGAUGGCGGCAGGGACCGUGGAAGUGGUGAGGGGCGGGGAAUGGGGAGGACGCUGGGGUUGACCGGACGCCCGGCGAAUCGAUUAUUUUUGUAGAUCGAUAGCUCAGUGACUCGCAGUUCUCUAACCCGUGAUGGCUGAGGUCCAUGCCUGAGCUGCGGCUCCCAGAGUCCGGUAGGUGGCGUUCCUUGCCCCUUCUCCUUUUCGGACUAGGAAGAUAUUCUCUGGCCUGCUGGUUGAUAUUAUCUCCGGCUGCUCCAUGAGGCAAUCCCCACGCGAACUGGCAGGAUUAUGCCCUACCUCUGGGGCGACUGUAACGAACAUCUGCCGUCGUUCUCGCGCAGUACCUGAUCUUUUUGUAACGUUUGUUAUUCAUCAACUGCCCCAUGCCAGUUGUCGCGUCAUGUUAGUGUAAAUGAACGAGCGUUUUCGUGUAACUGCGAGUGUGAAGUGGUCAGUAGCACAGUACCCGUCUACUGCCAACGCUCCUUCAAUUUUAGCGCUUUUGUAAUGUGUCCACCUCGGCCUGUCUGUCGUAUAAUGUGUUAUUAGCCCAUGUAAAAUCAUAUUUCUCGUCGAAUCGUACAUAAACUUUUGCACAUA